AUGUCCGAUGGUUCCCGUAAAAAGGGCACGAAGUCCACCUUCCACUUCGUAGCCGGCCUCGGUUCCGGCGUCCUCUCCGCCAUUCUCCUACAACCGAUCGAUCUCCUCAAGACCCGCGUCCAGCAAUCCGGCAAACACUCUCUCCGCGCCGCCCUCGCCGAGCUGCGCUCCUCCCCACAGGGCCUCCUCCCUUCUCUCUGGCGCGGCACCCUGCCCUCGGCCCUGCGCACCGGCUUCGGCUCCGCCAUCUACUUCACAACCCUCAACACCAUCCGCGAGAAUGCCGCGCGCCACCUUCCCUCGCUCGCAGCCGCCACCGCCGUCGCGCCGACCAUAGCCGCCGCCUCCGGAAUCAUCACCCCAAACGUUACAAACCAAACAUCCUCCUCACUCCCCAAGCUCUCUAACACAGGCAACCUCCUCGCGGGCGCCGUCGCCCGCUCCUUUGCGGGAUUCAUCCUCAUGCCGCUCACCGUCCUCAAAGUCCGAUACGAAAGCUCGUUUUACAAGUACACCUCCCUAGCUGGCGCAGCCCGAGAUAUUGCGCGAACAGAAGGAGCGCGCGGUUUCUUUGCAGGUUUCGGCGCAACGGCUAUUCGCGACGCCCCAUACGCCGGUCUUUACGUGUUAUUUUACGAACAGUCAAAACGAUACCUCAGCAACGUAUUCCCUCAACCACAACUAUCUUCACAAGGAGAAGGGCGCAUGACGCAAUCCCGCGCCGCCUCGAUCAACUUCGCCUCGGGCGUCUUCUCGGCAGUCAUUUGCUCGAUCAUUUCGAACCCGUUUGAUGCGGUCAAAACAAGGAUCCAGCUGCAGCCGAAGAAGUACAGGAAUAUGGUGCAGGCGUCGAAAAAGAUGCUUGCAGAGGAGGGUGUGCGGAGCAUGAUGGAUGGGCUGGCGCUCAGGAUGAGCAGGAAGGCGAUGAGCUCGGCACUGGCGUGGACGCUUUAUGAGGAGCUGAUUAGACGGGCGGAGGGGGCGUGGAAGAAGGAGGGCCGGAAGAGGUUAAGCUUUGAGAGCGGAAGAGAUGAGAAGUGGUGA